UUUAAUUUUCAAUAUGGCGGCGCCCAUGAGAAGAUUUUUCUGUCAACUAAAUUCUGUUCUAUGCGCCAACAAGACACUUCAUUUAGGAAAAGUUGUCACACCUAUUUGUCCAGUUAGUCAUCAGUCCUUACUUUUUGGACAUAACUUGCACUGUCAUAAUGUUUUGUUUCAAAAUGCAACAAUGGAACCUUUGGUGUUGAAGAAAUCAAUGGAAAGUUUGACGGAUAAGUUUGCUGAAGCUCGGGAGCUACUAGGAGAUGCUAGGGAAAGUCAAGGUACAGUGUAUUUUUCUGAAGAUUUGGAAGAAGCCCAGGCAGCGGUCAAUGAAACGCUGGCAGAAUAUAGGGAUCUGUUAGACAGACUUUCAGAUAAGCAAAGACAAGAGCUCAUAUCAACACUUGGACUUAGAAUGGAGGAGUUGAGAGCUCAGCAAGCAGCUAUAGAGGAAGAACUCAAGGAAUGAAUAUGCGUUGUUUCUUUGCAUUGUUACAUUUAUAUACAAUCAUAUUGAUAUUCAAAUUUACAAUCAGGACAGUUUAUAUGCAUUUGCUAAAAUAGUGAUAAUUCAUUUUAAUUGUUUUGUUUGUGUACAGAUGGAAUAAAUUUUGAACACA